GGGGAGAGCGCGCUGCGCCAAUGAGCUCAGGAAGGGGUAGCUUGCGCUAAAAUACGAGGGCGAUUGACCUUUUUUUGGUUCUGCCGGGAAGACAGUCUGCUACCCCUGUGAUAUGUGUGUUAGGGGAGGGCCGCUUGCAUUUUUCUGUACCAGCUUUUCAGUCUGAAGAGAAAACAUGUUUAGAGCCUCAUAGUUGCGAAACCUCCAGGUGAAGCUGAGCCCAGACCUACCUAGUGAGCUCGUCUCAUCAAAAUAUGUGGAAAUAAAAUAAUCUGAAGAAAAUUCAGGACCACAGAAUUUACUGACUGAAAUACACUGUAUUUUGCACACCAAGAGUAAGAGUGGAGAGGAACCAUUUUUUCCCUGCUGAAAUCAUGGUGGAGGUGGAGGAACAGCACCAGUCAUGGAAGACAGACUUUUACCUGGAACUACCAAAAGUGGAACUUCAUGCCCACUUGAAUGGAUCCAUUAGUUCUAAUACCAUGAAGAAGUUAAUAGCCAAGAAGCCAGACUUUAAAAUCCACGAUGAGAUGACUAUGAUUGAGAAAGGAAAGAAAAGAACUCUUGAAGAAUGUUUCCAGAUGUUUCAGAUAAUUCAUCAGCUUACUACUAGUCCUGAAGAUAUUCUAAUGAUCACAAAAGAUGUCAUUAAAGAAUUUGCAGAUGAUGGUGUCAAAUACCUGGAACUAAGGAGCACUCCCAGAAGAGAAAAUGCUACUGGAAUGACUAAAAAGAGUUAUGUGGAAUCCAUACUUGAGGGUAUAAAACAGGCCAAACAAGAAAACUUAGACAUCGAUGUUAGGUAUUUGAUAGCAAUCGACAGAAGAGGCGGCCCUUCAGUUGCCAAGGAGACUGUUAAACUUGCAGAGGAGUUCUUCCUUUCUACUGAGGAUGUAGUUCUUGGCCUUGACCUUAGUGGAGACCCUACUAUAGGACAAGCAGAAGACUUCUUGGAACCUCUUUUAGAAGCUAAAAAUGCAGGUCUGAAGUUGGCGUUGCAUCUUUCAGAGAUCCCAAACCAAGGAAAAGAAACCCAAAUGCUCCUGGACCUACUUCCUGACAGAAUUGGGCAUGGAACUUUCCUCAACUCUUCUGAGGGAGGAUCCCUGGAUCUGGUGGACUUUGUGAGGCAACAUCGGAUACCUCUGGAACUGUGUUUGACCUCAAACAUCAAAAGUCAGACAGUUCCAUCUUAUGACCAGCAUCAUUUCGGAUUCUGGUACAGCAUUGCACAUCCUUCUGUGAUCUGUACCGAUGAUAAAGGUGUUUUUGCAACAUACCUUUCUCAAGAGUACCGGCUGGCAGCUGAAACAUUUAAUUUGACCCAGUCUCAGGUGUGGGAUUUAUCGUAUGAAUCCAUCAACUACAUCUUUGCUUCUGAUAGCACCAGAUCUGAACUGAGGAAGAAGUGGAAUCAUCUGAAGCCCAAAGUGCUACAAUUUUAAGCUAUAAUGAAGUCAACUACCUUUGGAGAACACCUGAUUCUUGACAAGAUGAUUCUUACAGCAGAACCAAGAGGGACAUUAAACUCUUCUAUGAGGUAAAUGAAGACUAUGCCUGACAGAUGUGUCAUUCUGAGCCCUGGCUUAAGUGAAUAGGAAGAUUUCAUUCUUUUUAGCAUUUCCAUUACUGUGUAAAGAAGACCUAGACCCACCUAAUGAAGAAUGUCUCACAACUUUUCCCUGAAAUGCAGAUGUGAUGGGUUUUUAAAUUUGAACUGCAGUUGAAUGACAGGAUGAGUAAAGAUGUAUAUAUCAAAUUCA